UUCCGGUAUGCGCCGGAACCCGGAAGUAGCGACGGGCGGAGGGUCUACGGUUUAUCGGGAUCAUGGAUUGAGACAUUCCUGAGGCUCUUGCGACAUUGCCGGGGUGAAAUCCUUGGGAUGCUCCACUUGGAUAAGAGGUAGAAGAGCCGGGAGCCAUCAGGACGGCACAGGAAUCCGGGAGGAUGGACACACUCAGGAACAGGACGGUGGAGGAGCUCCGGGAGCUGCAGGAGGAUUCCCAGGAAAUCGAGCGCUUGGCUCUGGAAUCACAGGAGGUGCAGGAGCUGCAGCUGGAGCGGGAAAUGGCCUUGGCUUCCAACCGGAGCUUGGCCGAGCAGAACCUGAAAUUCCAGGCGCCGCUGGAAUCGGGACGAAGCGACCUCUCCAAGAAGUACCUGGAGCUGCAGGAACUGGCCGGGAGGUGCCGGGAGCAGAAGGAAAAGCUGGGUGAGCCCUGGGAUCAUCCUGGCUCAGGAAUGAAGGAUUCUGCUUCCCAGAAAGCCAAGAUCCCACUUUUUUCCCAGGAGAGAUCCUUUUGGGUUUUCCUCCUUCCCCGAGUGAUUCCCAGGGCUGAUCCUGUGGGAUCUCUGCUGGUUUUUCCCGAUGGUCGUGAUUUUUCCAUG